GAUUGCAGGAUUGCGCACGGUCCAAUUAAACUUCCGUUUUCGGACGAUCAUCUUCGACUAAGUGGUGGUCUUCGCAUUUGCCUUGGUCGUUCUUGCCAUCAUCCUUGCUCGCUGUCGUCCAUGAUGACGGGCUCUCCAGCCUCACUUGAAUCGUUGAGCUCACCCUCUCCAUCGCCACCACCCCAAGAGGAUUCGGGCGCCGGCUUGGAUGCCGAGUCCGAGCUAUCAGAACUUACAGACGACGAGCUCGUCCAGGAGUCUCAGUCGCCCAAAAAGAAGACCAAGACAUUCAUUGACGGAGAUGUUGAAGACGGCUCACGUCGUCGGCAACCCCGUCGCGGAGGAAGAAAAAAGCGUGGAGGCCUGGUCCCUGCCCCGAUGUGGGACUGGGCAUACAAAUCGAAGAACUCCAACUCCAAUUCAAAUACGAAGAGCGAAGGAAGCGCGACACCUGGGAUUGAGGAAGAGGAAGAAGAAGAGAUGGCUGGCCCUCCUCGAGCCAUGGAAGAGGAAGAGGAUGACGAGAAUGAGGAUGACCCGAGAGACGACCUCGACGGCGACAGCCCCGACGGCGAUGUCGACGCCGACGAGCCUCUUGAAGAUGUUGGCGUCAAUGUGAACGGACUUGCGCAAGAUUACGACGAUGAGGAUGGUGCUGCUGAGCCGCACAACUCCACUUCCAAUUCGGCGGUGGACGAGGAACCAGAGCCCUAUGCCUCUGACGAGGACGAGCCGGCACUUGUCCCUCCAAAGCGCCGUGGACUCCUUGCCCUACCAGACGGGUCACACGAAGGAGAUACCGAUGGAGAUGAUGAUGACAGUUUUCCCGUCCCAAUUGAAAACGACACCGAAUCUGAGGACAAUGACGGACUGCCAGAUGCGGGCAUGGACAUAGACAUGGAUAAUGAGGCAGAGCCAUCCUCAGCACCAGUCAAGGCGGUCACAACUGUUCCAUUGAUUCCCAUUGAUAUUACAGCUCCACCGCCAGCGUCCGUCGCGCCCAUCGCAGCUGCGGCUGCCUCACACUCAAUCAUGGCAGGGUCAACAGUAAUUCACCCGCCAUCUCCUACUCCGUCUGCGUCUUCUGUGUCUAGGUCCCGCUCACCCUCCUCUUCGCGUUCUCCGUCACCCAAACCUGAGAACGGUAAGCCGCAGCGUAAGAGCAAACGAGGCAAGAAAGAUAAGGAUGAAGACGGCGACGCUACGACAUUAACAGCUCCAGACGCUGAAUCUGCUCUCCAUGAAGCGGAGGUGGAGGAUGAAUUAGACAUGGAAAUGGAAUUGGAUUUGCAGCCCGCCCACCGUGCUGAAGCUCUAGAUGUGCUUGCGACUAUUGAGUUGAAAUUUGCACUGUUGCGGGAGAAGGUGUAUGUCGAAAAAAUGGAGGGACUUGCUUGGGAGGAGACAUUGGUAUCAGAUGGAACUCACCCAGAGCUCAUACAUCUACAGGCUGAAUUGAACAAACGUCGUGAUAAACGUCUCGCUCUUGCUUGCAGGAAGCGUGUUUAUGAGGUUGUCUCCGCUAACAAACGGCGGAGGACAAACGAAGACGCGGUUUGGAGUUGGUGGAAGGUCGCACGAGAUGAUCUGCAAACAGAGAUGAUUGCGGAGACUAACCGUAAACGCCGUAAAUUGGAGCGCGAGCGCAGAGCUAUCGAGAGACCUCCACCACUGCGCCGCAUUCCCAACGCAAUCCCGGAUCCACCUCCCGCACCCACCAUUCGUCAAAUUGCACAAAUAUUGCCUCUCACAACUUCCCGACGCCACAUGCUGGCGACUGCAUAUCCCGACUUGAACGCCCUGCCUGCUACAGAUGCGGCUGCAGAUCUCGAUUAUCUGCAUCAGCAUCGUAUGAUGAAUAAUGCACGUAUGGUCAUGGGUCCCAUGUAUGGCGCACCUUCCAUGGAUGCUCUAGCGUUCCAUGGUGGCCCAGAUGUACGCAUGCCACCCCCACCCCCGCCACCUGUAUUCCAACAACCCAACCAGGGGUACCCAUUGGGUGCACCAGGACGCCUACAGCGGUUACCCUCUGGACCUGCCCCAGCACAGUAUGAUGGCCUCCCUCCUCCCGCAUACGGCCCGGGAAUGCCGCCGCCACCUCCUCAUCCAGAGCAACAAUUCCUGAAUGCAGCACUCCAGGAUACAACGCGAUUUGGAAUGCCCAAACCAGCGGGUGGGAUGGAUUGGAACGCAGGAGCGGAAGGUCGACGCCGUGAGGAAGAACUGGAUCGUGAGCACCACCAUCGACACCCGCACCACGCGCAUGCUCCACCACAUCACCAUGUUGGCGGUCACCACCAUCACCGUCACCACCACCACGUUGUGCAUCACCACCACCCGCCCGAGCCGCAGCCGCAGCCGCAACCGCAACCGCAGCCAGACAUGAUUAACCUUAAGCAGCAGCACUGGAAUAAGCACGGGAGCCGUCCGUCAUCAACUCAUCCACCUUAUGAAGAACGCGACCGGCCUGUUGCUACGCCAUUUGUAUUGGCGCCGUCGCAUAAUAGUAUUGCAGGCUCGACCUCGGGUCCUGGAUUGUCAGGCGGGCCUGCGCCGUCGCCUAGGCAUGCCUGGAUGCAUCAGGAUGACCGGGAGCGCCCACCCCCAUUCCAAGCUCCACCAGACCGCUACCACUCCCCUGGACCUCAUCGAUACACAGGACCUUCGUCGAGUCAUCCUCCGCAUCAACAAUCUGCCCUAUCCCGUCAAAACUCAUCGGGAGUUUCCCCGCCUCGUGCCCGACCCCUCCCUCCCAGUCCGUCAUCAAUACCGCACGCCGGAUUGCGGUCGCCGUCACGAUUUGAGCCUCAUGCGUCUACAACCAGUAGCCCAGUAGCGAAGCCCCGACGACCACCUUCUCCACCUCCAAUGUCUUCGUCAAAGCUUGGUAUGCCGCCUAUGGCAUCUGGGUUUUCUCCUCGCCUCGCGGGUCCAGGAGCACCCCCUAGAGAGAUUGAGGGCGGCAUGAAUGGUGUCGCAUCGUUAUUUGGUGGGGGGAGCAGAACUGCUUCCCCUCGUAUUUCAUACUCGCCAGCUACUCAAGGUCCACGACCUGCCCCGUCGAAGGUAAAUGCUAUGCAAAUAGUAGAUGGACCCUGAUUUUAUACGUAUACUUCUCCUUUCAUCUUGUUUACUUACAACUAUAUCAUCUUGUUGGGUGCCGUACAUACUGCAUUUCUUUUUCUUUUUCACAGUAAUUAUGCCACGGAAACCUGGAACUUUGUAUGUUUUCUUGAGUCUUGAAUACAUAUUACAAAG